UGAGCUAUGUUCCAAUGCGGUCGCCUUCACAGGUUUUAUCUUGCUCCCUCCUCGAUCAUACAUCCUAACCACUCAACAGUAAACGUCGUCAUAGUUAUCUGCCACGUAAACCGAAGUAGUAAAAUAAGGUUUUAAAAUCCGUGUUUAAAUCACAUUUUCAAGUCCAUUUUCCAUCGCUUUUUGAUAAAAAGCAUCAUCCAAUUCAAAUGUACAAUAAUAGUGUGAGCAGUGAUUUGCUGCCGCCGACGGAGACAAUUGCCGUGACAUAGACGCCGUCUCCGCCGUGGAUGGGCCAGUCACACUCAAUUACAACCGGAAUUGCUAAUCGCCGAAGAGAUAACGUCGUCGAUCACAGUUGCAGAUCGAUGGCGAUAGCGCCUAAAGAUCCCAAGGAACUUCGUUCGUUUUUAACGGAGGAAAAGGUUCAGGAGGAGGAAUGUGAUUCCGGAGAUAUAUCAAUUCUUCCAGACGCGUGUCUGGCUUGCAUUUUCCAGUUACUCGGAUCCGGCGAUCGGAAGCAAUGUUCACUCGUUUGCCGGCGGUGGCUUGAAAUCGAGGGACAGAGUCGUCACCGUCUCUCUCUCAACGCUGAAUCGGAACUAAUUUCCGUCGUUCCGUCUCUCUUCUCUCGAUUUGACUCCGUCACGAAACUCUCCCUCAAAUGUGACCGUAGAUCCGUGAGCAUCGGCGACGAAGGGCUAAUUUUAAUCUCUCAACGUUGCCAAAACCUUACGCGCCUCAAACUCCGAUCAUGUCGACAAGUAACGGACUUAGGGAUGAUCAGUUUUGCGAAGAACUGCAAAGGUUUGAAGAGGCUUUCGUGUGGAUCUUGCACUUUCGGUGCUAAAGGAAUGAACGCUAUCCUCGAUAACUGCUCGGCUCUAGAAGAAUUAUCGGUGAAGCGAUUACGUGGCAUCAGUGACGGAGCGGGAGCGGCAGCAGCAGCGGCAGCGGAACCAAUUGGACCUGGUUUAUCCGCAUCAUCUCUUAAACUCAUCUGCUUGAAGGAUCUCUACAAUGCACAGUGUUUUGGACCACUGAUAAUGGGGGCGAAAAAUCUCACAACACUAAAGCUAUUUAGGUGUUCCGGAGAUUGGGAUAAACUACUGGAGCUUGUUACUGAUCACGUCGAGGGAUUGAUCGAAGUCCAUCUGGAAAGGCUACAGGUGAGUGAUGCUGGGCUCACAGCCCUUUCCCGUUGUCAAAACUUGCAAAUAUUGCACAUCUUGAAAACACCAGAUUGUUCAAAUUUAGGGUUAAUUUCUGUUGCUGAGAACUGUAAGCUUUUGAGGAAGCUUCACAUCGAUGGCUGGAAAACCAACAGAAUAAACGAUGAAGGGUUGAUCGGCGUCUCCAAACACUGCCCUAACCUUCAGGAGCUAGUGCUUAUCGGUGUUAAUUCUACUCGUGUAAGCCUAGAACUCCUAGCUACAAAUUGCCAGAAGUUAGAGCGAUUAGCAUUAUGUGGAAGUGAAACAAUUGGGGAUGCUGAGAUUUCCUGCAUAGCUGAGAAAUGCACAGCUUUGAAGAAGCUCUGCAUCAAGAGUUGCCCUGUUUCUGAUCAUGGAAUGGAAGCACUUGCAGGUGGUUGCCCUAAUUUGGUAAAAGUUAAGGUAAAGAAGUGCCGUGGAGUCACCGGUGAUGGUGCUGGGUGGUUGAGGGCUAGUCGGGAGUCACUGGCUGUCAAUUUGGACACCACCGAAGUUGAAAGCCAGGAUGCCGCCAGUGAUGGAGCGGUGGAGAACCCUCCUGCCACCAGCGAAAGUGGUGGCGCCAGUUCUAGCAAUACCACUACUAGAUCAACAUCAUUCAAAGCUAGAUUAGGGUUUAUUGCUGGGAAAACCUUGAGGAAGUGGUCAAGUUUCAAUGGUGGCUCUCGGAGUCAAUGAGUGGAAAUUUUCUGGUUUGCAUUAUAAUUCUUGUUUGACUUUUUAAUUGUGUGCUUGUUUUGUGCAUUUAGUCUUAUGCAUUCGAAAAUCAGUCUGCAUUUAUUGCUUUUUUGUUUUUAUGAAGCUUGUUAUUUACUUA